CAACAACCUUGACCCGAACAACAAUGAUGAUGAUGAUGAUGGGCAUGUUUGGCCGAGGGGUGUCCUUGGCAAGCAACGGCGCUGCGAUAGCGAGGGGGCUGGGGCUGCAGGCGGCUAAAGCAUGGGCAGGCGUGCCACGAGCUGGUGCUUGCGCUUUGAGUCUCGGCAACCAUGCGCAGGGAAGGCGAGGUGGGCCAGUGGCUGCUGAGCCAGCAACGACGUUGCCACCGCUGUCGUGUCAGUGCCGUGCAUACAGCACCAUCAGCAAGCAACGGCCAGACCUGACGCCAGUCGGGUUCCUACGCAGCCUGCGCAUCCGUUGGCAGCUGUACAACCUCAGGAAGCCAUGGGGGUUUGACCCCGACGAGUUCAUUCAGGGCGCGCGCAUGGUCUGGGAGCAACUUCACGCCAUUGUGCGGGAUGGGGACAUGGAGUCGCUGCAGUCAAUGAAGCGCAGCAUGACACCGCUGGUGUACCGAGAACUCAAGCACAGAGCACGCGAGCGUGAGGAUGAGUCGCACCACAAGCUGCCGGCCGUGCUGGAGGACGCGCACAUCAUCAACGUCUUCGGCAACAUCUCCAGCCAGGAGAUCAGGCUGUCCAUAUUGGUGGAGUUCCUGGCGCGGUACACCCCAACAGAGGACGAGCGCGAUGACUUCUGGGACCUGCAGCAGUGGGUGUUUGAGACCCCAAUCCUCACCUUCCGAGACGAAGGCUACGCGACUGACCCUGUGCAAGAGCUCACCUGGACCCUCACCUCGCUCAACAGGCCGUUCACAACCAAGGCUCCUCCCUCCUCCCGUGAUUCCGGUCGCCCAUUCUUCUGAGUCAGGCCGUGGAGAACAUGAGCAAGGCACAUGGCUCUGUGUGUGUGUGUGUCUGUGUGUGUGUCUGUGUCUGUGUCUGUGUGUGUGUGUGUGUGUCUGUCUGUCUGUCUGUCUGUCUGUC